AUGGAUGCAUUCCAAGUCAAGAUCCCUUCUCUACCGAUAUUCUACACGCCUGGUCAGACUGGGAAUCUUGCAGGCUAUAGACAACAAAAAAUAUUUUCUAGACCUCACCCCAAUGAAACUUACAGCCCUGCUACCUCAAUUCCAUCACGGGGCCGUCCCAAGCGCAAAGCUGCAGAGGACCAGGAUUCUCCAGUGAAAAAAAUCUGCGAGAAUUCAGGAAGAACUGCUGUUAUCGCCAACCAACGGGCAGAGUUCAUUGGAAGCCCACCAGAACCACUCUCACCAUCAAAGCGGCUUAACAGAGAAGACCAAGCCAGGAGCUGCAACGCAUUCAAUACCAUCGAGUCGGAAUGGAUGGCAUCCAGUUCUUCCCAGACACCGACGGAGUGUGAUGAAUGGCAAAGUACCUCGAGGUGCCCUUCAUGUUAUAGCUCUGCCCCCGAGCAAUUAUACCUGCUGGGCAGCCAGCCCAGGCCCAAGCCUCUGGCAACAGUAGAACUGAUACUGUCGAUACUGAGAUCGCGGGAUAUCACACUCGGCGAGUUUCUCAUUACGCUUUUUGGGGAUACCACGCACUUAAGUACAUCAGCAAAGGAGAUGCUCAAGUGGUUCAUAGGGGGACGUACCGUGAAGAACCACCCUGUUGACAUCGUCCAUGCAUUAUACAGUCAUCCAUGGGCCCGGCCCCAGCAAUCGUAUGAACCCACCUAUGACACACUGCCAGAAUACGCUAUUCCAAUGAUGAGUUCUCAGCCAGGAACUCAUUCAGACAUCAAGAACACGUACAGCAAGCUACAGGAGUACUUUAUUGCACGCGUUGUUGACCGGCUGGAGACAGAAGUCAGGGCUCUUCUCAAAAGCCCUUACUUGCGUGCAAGAGACACCGCGACAAGCCGAUUUAGCUGGGAUACGGUCCUAGACUUCUCUGUUAACACAGUCCAGAAGAUGGCCCUCAGCGUCGCACCUGUGACCUGGAUGUUGUUAACAUGGAUUGCAGUUGGUGGGGAGAGGGCGGAGCAGCUGAAAGAAGCGAAAUUAAGGGACUCUGGGAAGGGACGUGGGUCGAAUCACGUACGAGAUCCCUAUUUACGAAUUAACUGA